AGGGAUGUUCAUAGAGUCCUUUAGUCUUUUUUUGGAAUAACGUUACUGGAAUAUCAGGUCGCAUGUCAGAAUGAUUAGGCAUGUAUGUAUUGCGUACAUGCAGAUUCGUUUCUAAAACAGAUUCGCAUUGACCUCAGAUGUAGCGCUAUCUAGUGUUACGUCAUCUCCUGUAACAUUGGGAUCGCUACCGUGCAGAGAACAAACCCUCUGUUAACUCUUAAACAAGAUACAAUACAAACAAUUUAAAGGAGUGUCACGAUGAAUGCUGCAAAACAGAUAAUGUGCAAUAGAUGGUUUCACCUGGUUAAACAAUAUAAUGCGAGCUCAAUGGUAUUUAGCCAUGGAUGUCACAAAAGACUUUUCAGUACUUCACGCAGCCGAAUGACAGUCAUGCCUGCUUGGGUGAUUGACACAUACGGCGGUAAUGAUGUCCUGCGAUUCACCCGAAACGCAAGCUUCCCUAUUCUAAACUACCCCAAUGAGGUCAUCGUACAAGUGCACGCAGCAGGACUCAAUCCGAUUGAUGUUAGUAUGAGAGGUGGUUAUGGAGCCUCCAGUCUCUCCAUGAAGAGAGACCCUCUGAACCUCAACCAGAAGGGCAGUGAGUUCCCCCUGGUCCUGGGCAGGGACGUGUCCGGCGUGGUCAUGGAGUGUGGGCUGGAUGUGAAGUACUUCAAAGAGGGGGACGAGGUGUGGGCUGCCAUCCCACCAUGGAAACAGGGCAGCUUAGCUGAAUUUGUGUGCUUGAGUGCUAAUGAGGUAUCCCUUAAGCCCAAGUCACUGAGUCAUUCAGCCGCGGCGGCGCUGCCCUAUGUGGCCGCGACGGCCUGGUCGGCGCUGGUCAACACGUGCGGACUCACGCUGGAGAACUCUGCGGAAAAACGGAUUCUGAUUCUGGGAGGAUCAGGAGGCGUUGGAACAUUCGCCAUACAGAUGCUGAAAGCGUGGGGAGGGCACGUGACGGUGACAUGCUCCAAGGACGCAGAGCGUUUGGUCAGGGGCCUAGGGGCCGACCAUGUGGUAGACUACAGUGCUGGCCCCGUGGAGCUCGCUCUCGGCACACUGGAGAAGUUCGACGUGAUCCUGGACAAUGUGGGCGGUGACACGGAGAGCUGGGCCAUGGGCCUGCUGAAGCCCUGGUCCGGGGCCAAGUACGUGACACUGGUCACUCCCUUCCUCCAGAACACCGACCUGCUGGGCGUCGCCGACGGCAUGAUGCAGACCGGCAUCACCGUGGCCUCCAAGGCCCUCAAGCACCUGUGUAAAGGAGUGCACUACAGGUGGGGCUUCUUCAUACCCAACGGUGCCGCUCUGGAUGACAUCAGUGAAAUGGUGGACGCCGGAAAGAUCCGGGCGGUGGUGGAGGCAGAGUUCCCCUUCUCCCAGGUCCCCCAGGCCUUCCAGAAGGUGGAGGAGGGCCACGCCCGGGGCAAGACCGUGGUCCAGGUCAUCGGGGGAGGGGGGGACCACGCGGGGCGCUGACACACCCAGCAGGAUAACCGCGGACCGCGGGGCCCCUUCAGGGACGGAGUUGCCAUGGCGAUGUGCAGCGCUCUCGGUUUCCCUUCAAGAGUUUUAGCAGUGGUCGCGGUGCGGACGGUGAACGUGUCGUGUGUGAAUGACUGUUGAUUGGCUUUGGCUGAUGCAAAUGUUGGUUCAAGUGGGAGAAAAAGUGCUCACUUCCUCUUUGGAGUUUUGUAGUGGCUUUGUGAAUGUAAAUAAUAUUAAAUGGUAUCAAAAGGA